AUGCGCCAUUUCUCAGCCACCCUGACGGUGCCCUGCGGCGGAGCUGGAGAUGCGAAGCUCUUGAGCCAUGCUGACAGCAAAAUGUUCGGCCGUCGGCCGCCUCCAAACCAGGGCCGGAUGACGGCAGAGCACCGGAGGACGGAGGGGAGGGUCAGCUCGCCUCAUCGUGCUGCCGAAACCUCUCCUUACCUCGCUACGCCCGUGGGAGCAGCAGGCCCGGUGUGCCCCCCCCCCGGGACCCUGCCCGUCCCCACAGACGGAGGUGAGGGGGUGACCCCCGACACCCCGAAGAUGCUGAAGCUGGCUGAGCAGUGCCUAGAGAGGGUCAAGUCCAUCGCGGCGGCGCUGGGGAAAGCCCAGGCAAAACCAGCUGCGCAGGAGCGGAGCGGGGGCCCUGCUCCCCUCCCCAGGCAUCGCAGGGUCUUCUCGGAUGAGGGGGGGAAGCUCUCUCCCUUCUUGCCGCCGGAGAUCUUCCAGAAGCUGCAGAUCGCCGAGGCGCAGAGCGCACGGAAGGAGCUCACGCCGCUGGAGGAGGCUUCUCUGCAGAACCAGAAGCUGAAGGCUGCCUACGAGGCACGGGUGGCACGGCUGAACCCCAGCCAGGCCCUGCAGAAGACCUCCCUGACGCUGUCCCUGCAGCGGCAGAUGAUGGAGAACCUGGUGAUCGCCAAGGCCCGGGAGGAGACCCUGCAGCGGAAAAUGGAGGAGCGGCGGCUGCGGCUGCAGGAGGCUGCCAACAGGAGAUUCUCCAGCAGCGUGGCCCUCACCCCCGAGGAGCAGGAGCAGAGGGCCCUCUAUGCCGCCGUCCUCGAGUACGAGCAGGACCACGACUGGCCGAGGCAAUGGAAGGCCAGGCUGAAGCGGAGCCCGGCGGACCUCUCCCUGGUGUCGGGGCUCUUCUCCUGCCUCCUCAGCUUCCCCGAGCACCCCAUCGCCCAGCUCCUGCGGCAGCUGCAGUGCGCGGUGUACGCCCGCCUCUACCCGGCCGUCAGCCAGGGCACCGCCGAUGCCACUCCUGCCUCUCCCACUGGCCUCUCCUUCCUCUCGCUGGAUGCCGGGGGCUCGCUGCCCGCUGAGCCGGGGGGCCGCCGGCUCCGAGCCUCCCGCAGCCUCCACUGCAUGUUCUCUGUGCCCGAGCACGGCCCGGCCGGGCUGCGGCACAGCCUGUCCAGCACCCCCCUCGCCGACGGCAGCCCCGGCACACCAAAGGUGGAGAGCGGCUGGCCGGGGCCUGUGACAGCCCCCCAGACCCCCCGGGAGAGCUCCUUCGAGGACCUGGAGCGGUUCCUGGCAUCGCCCGAGAGCUGGGCCCCCGGGGAGCCCCUAGCUGGCCCCGGGCAGGAGGCGGCACUGCCGGAACAGCUGAAGGGCAUCGUGCGGGACAUCCACAAUGCCAUUGACAGGCUGCUGUCCCUGACGCUGCUGGCCUUCGAGGGGCUCAACACCGCCGCUGGCAAGGACCAGUGUCUGGCCUGCCUGGAGGAAGCCUUCUUCCCCCCACUCUGGGCCCCGCUGCUGGCCCUUUACAGGAGCGUGCACCGGCCCCGCGAGGCGGCCCUGGCCCGGAGCAUGGAGCAGCACCGGCACGCCGGCCCCACCGACAUGGGGCUGUCCUCCCGGCUCUUCCCGACGGCCCCCGGCUGCCCAGCGUAUGGCUCCGCCGUCAAGGACCUGCGCCUCAUCCCGCUGGAGACCUGUCCCCGCAGGAAGCUGGAGUGCAUCGUGCGAGCCCUGCGCGGCAUCUGCGAGUGUGCCGAGGAAUACUGCGGCUCCCGGGACAGCCGGACCCCCGCCUCUGCCGCCAUCGGGGCGGACGACCUGCUACCCAUCCUGUCCUACGUGGUGCUGCAGACGGGGCUGCCCCAGCUGCUGUCCGAGUGUGCCGCCCUGGAGGAGUUCAUCCACGAGGGGUAGGUGACCGGGGGGGUGCCGGGCCACACCGGCAUCCCUGGGGUGGGGGGUACACUGUACCCCCCGUACUGGGGACAGGGCUGCCGGGGCUGGAGGCAUGGGGAAGGGAGCUGGGUGGGAGUCGUGGCUCCCGUGGGCACAGGG